AUGUUGAGGACUUAUAAAAGAACUAUCCCAUUACUUCGAUUGGCUCGUUUCAAUUCCACUGUUGUUAGAGAUCCAGUCACUAUCAUUCCUACAGUUUAUGAGUUGACUCAAGAUAAAGAUGUCACCCCAGAAACCAGUUCAGAUACUUCAUUAUUGGAAUAUUUACAAAGUCGUCAUUUAGUUGAAUCAAUAACUGAUGAUAAUUUAUACAAAUUGACUAAGCGUGAUUCUGGACAGAAAUUCAAAUUAUACUGUGGUGCUGAUCCUACAGCCGAAUCACUACAUUUGGGUAAUUUAUUACCAUUAAUGGUUUUAUUACAUUUUAGAAUGAGAGGAAAUGAUGUUGUCGGAUUAGUUGGUGGAGCUACUGGAUUAGUUGGUGAUCCAAGUGGUAGAAAAACAGAAAGAAACCCUCUUGGUGGAGAACAAGUUGAUGAUAAUGUUAGUAAGAUUCAAAAUCAAAUUUCAACAUUUUUAAGUAAUGGGAUUGAGUAUGCCAAAUCGAGACAAUUCCCAAUGACUGAUUCAAUUGGUGAAACGACUUCAGUAAAUAAUGCUUCAUGGUGGGCUGAUGUUAAAAUGUUGGAGUUUUUAGCAACUUAUGGUAGACACAUUAGAGUAAGUGCCAUGCUUGCACGUGAUUCGAUUCUGUCUAGAUUGGAACUGGGUGGUAUUGGAUUUAACGAAUUUACUUAUCAAAUUUUACAAGCUUAUGAUUUCUGGCAUUUGUACAAAGAUCAUAAUGUGAAUAUGCAAGUAGGCGGGAAUGAUCAAUGGGGGAAUAUAACUGCUGGUGUUGAUUUAAUUUCAAGAAUUAAGAAAUCUUUCGGUAAGGAUAAGGAAGCAUAUGGUGUUACUGUUCCGUUGUUAACCACCGCUUCUGGUGAGAAAUUUGGAAAAUCUGCAGGUAAUGCUGUUUUUAUUGAUUCUAAAUUAACUACACCAUAUCAAAUGUAUCAAUAUUUUAUUAACGUUCCAGAUGAUAUUGUUGGAACUUUGUUGAAGGUGUUCACUUUGUUGCCAUUGAAUGUUAUUGAAGGUGAAUUGUUGCCAAAACAUAAUAGUGAUCCAGGUUUGCGUAUUGCUCAACGUGUUUUGGCCCGUGAAGUUGUUGAUUUGAUACAUGGAGUUGGCGUUGGUGAUGAAAUGGCUUAUAUCACAGGGUUCUUAUUCCCAACCCCAGAUCAACCAUUUAAUGAUAAUGUCAGUGCUGAUAAAUUGAUUGAAAAUUUCAAGAGAUCAGGUAUUUUAUUUGAAAGAACGAAACCAGCUCCAGAAGAAGAAAUCAAGUUGAGUUCAAUUUUAGCUGAAAUCACUGGUAAAUCAAAGAGUGAAAUGAGAAGAUUGAUUAAAGCUGGCGGUGUCUAUAUGGGAUUAGACAGAAACCAAAUUGAAGAUCCAGAUGAUGUGAUUUUGUUUGAUGUUGAUCAUCACUUGAUUGAUGGCAAACUUUUAUUGGUUAGAGUUGGAAAACAAAAUUACUAUGUCGUUGAAUUUAAAUAA